AUGAUAUCAUUUUUCGGAGAGACACCAUCAACACAAUUUAUAGGCUGGAGGUUGAGUCUUGGAAACGCAUUUAUCAUAUUAGCAAGCCAGUACGUCUCAAGCGAUGGUCUAGUGGCCUGGAAAUCAACGAAAUUGGGAGCCAAUUUUUAUACUCCCAACAUUUUCUCAAAGGAUGUAGUAGGGCUCAAUGAAGUUCUACUAGAAAACAAUAACUGUAAAUAUAAUAUUGACAUUGUCAUCGUUUCAGGAAUUUCGUUGGAUUCAUUCGAGAAAAAUUGCGAAUUAUUAUCUAAUUUUACCAAUAAAAAUACAAUAGUAAUGGUUAGCUCAGAUUUUGCAUGUGAAUUAGAAUCUAUUGCAUUGACAUACUUUGCAGGAAAAUGUAAAUGUGUACUGUCUCUUUUAUGUGAGGUGGAAUGUAGACAACUAUCAUUGGGUUCUUAUGCUCUGGUCAAUGAUGACCAUUGUUCAAUGACAUUAGGAAUAAGUUACAUAUCUGGUCAUUAUAGUGUAGCAACACCGAUGCUUCAAAAUGAAUUAGUGGCAAUACAAGAACUUCAAAAUAUCAGCAAGUCUAAAUUACUGAAAUUUAAUCAACUACUUGAGGUUGCAGAGUGGAUAAAAAUAAAAUUAGAAUCCGAUUCAAGUAAAAUGUCUCUAAAAAUUUGGGAGAGCAUCAUACCAAAAAUUUCGUUAAAUAUUCUCUCAAUAAUUUAUGAAGAGUUUGAUUACGAAACUUUAUUGAAAACUCCUUCGACUGAAGCAAUUUUCAAAAGUGUAGUAACCGAAUUACUUGACAUUUGUCAUCUACAAUGUGAAUCAAUGAUCGAACAAUUUGAAGAUGCUGACACAAUUUCUUUUGACCGCAUCAUAGAAUAUACAAAACAAAAAGACAAAGAACUAGUUAGUACCACUACCACCGAACAUCCGGAAUACUUAUCUCUUCCAUUCGAAGCAUAUUGUUUCUACCAUAGGUUUGAAUAUCCUGCACAUAUUUUACUAUAUCAACAAAUUGAACUGGCGAGAAAUUACAAUACCUCUUAUUCGAGCUUAAAUUUUCUCUUUGGGUUCUACUCGAGAUUACUUUCCUUGAGUGGUUUAUCCAUUACUGGGGGUAGAUUAGAACAAAAUGUAACGAUGUUCAAUAAUAGACUAUCAAUCAAUAUAGGAAAAAAUGAGCUUGAGAAAGAUGAGAAGAAGCCUAAGAAAGUAAAAAAAGAUAAGGGCAAUAAAUCGAGUAAAAAACGUCACAAUAAAGAAAAAAAGAAAGAAAGAAAACCCAAGGAGGAGACUUUGAAACCGAAACUGGAUGGGACAUUUAAUCUUUCCAGUGCCACUGAUCCAAACAUCACAGCAGAGUUGGAGACAUUAUAUUUAGGAAUUGAAAGUUUUACAGACUUCCAUUUUGAUUCACCUUCAAAUAUGCCAAUUAAUCAAAUCGAUGGAGAAAACUUGUUAGAGACCGAUGAAGAAGAAAGUUCCGAGUUUAGUGAGACAGAUGAUAGUACUACUGAAACUGAUAGUGGCUCAGAAAAUCGAAAUAUUCCGGGUGAACAUUCUGAAAAAAGUGUAUAUUUCGAAGAUGAUGAACUUUUCAAAGAAUUUAAUUACAGUAAUUUUCAAGGUAUAACAAGCACAAGUAGCUUGCAUAAUAAAUCAAUAUCACUUCCAAGUCUAAGGAAACAGCAAGUCAAGCUAGAAAGCCAUGGUGUUGUGAAUAUCCCACACUUUAAUACUAAAUUGAACAACAUUGGUGGUGGAUUUUAUGAUCUUGAAACACAAAUUAGGACUAGUCAGCAUCUCAUGACACAAGAAUAUAGAAAUUUUUUCAAAAGUCUAUUUGAUAAUAAUCCAUAUUUAGUAGAGGAUGGUUUGACGAAAAGAGAGGUGUUUGAAUCAAGACAACAGCAGUUUGCGAACCAACGAAUGAAUUUUUGGAAACGACAGAGACAUUUCAACGUGACUAGAGGAACCAUUCCAAGACCGAAAACUACACCCUACGAAGAUUUAUUAAAUCAUGUUUCAGUUCUCAAUAAGGGCAAUACUGGGGACAUUCUACCGUAUACCACUAGUAGAUACGGCGAAGUGGAUACUUACUCCACUUUGAAGCGAAGUAAAGAAGACAUUCUGAUGUUGUUUGGGCCUAACGCAGGAGAAGAUGAUAGCAAAGCGAUCAAGGACUCCAAUGAAUGA